GUGUACAAAUUAGUUUUUGCUUCUUUCAGCAUUCUCUCUCGACGCUGGUAGUGCUACCCUUCCUUUCUCUCUCUUCAACUUGUAAAUUGCCUGACUGUUACCAUUUAUAUUACUUUAUCUUCUCCUAUUGCUUGAUUCGUUAUCUUAUUUUUCCUGAGAAAGAAGGACUAGCUCGAGAUUUUAUUCGGAAUUAUCGGGGGUGCCUGAACAGAUGGCUAGGGGAGGCAAGGUUGGUUACAAACGCAAGACUUGAAACAAAGUCCGAUUGGAGAAACAAGGUUCAGAUGACUCUGAUGAUGAGGAACGUACUCCAGGUGAGGUUUUGAAAAGUAACAGUAGGAAGCCAGUAAGAAAACGAGUUUUAAGGCCAAAAAAUAGGUCUAAGCUUUCAAAGGAAUUUAAAGAUGAAAAACAUGCUUCAAAAAAAAGGAAAACAAUAAAGAAGUGGGUUUGGGGCAGGAGGAAGAAAGCAACUGUAACUGUGAAUUUUGACUCUGAUUUUGUGAGCUCAGAAUCAUCUGAUUAUGAAUACACGAUAUCAGAAGAAGAGAGAGAGCAGAUUAAAGAAGGUACUCGGUUCUGUAAAAGGUUGAAAACUAAUCUAAGAAGCUCUGGUUCUUUGAAAAUGAUGGAAGAGGAAAAGUUAGGGCCUUUAAAGGGAAAGUGCCUAGGAAGGAAGGGUAAACAAAAGGUGGUGGAUUUGAACAUUGAGAUCGGGAAGCAAGUUUGUGGGAUUUGUUUAUCUGAAGAGGGUAAAAGAACAGUCAAAGGAAUUUUAAAUUGUUGCAGUCACUACUUUUGUUUUGCUUGCAUCAUGGAGUGGUCGAAAGUUGAAUCUCGGUGCCCUCUCUGCAAGCAAAGGUUCACAACCAUCAGUAGAACUGCACGAACGGAUGGUGGGCAUGAUCUAAGGGAUGCAGUUUUUCCAGUUCCUGAGCGUGAUCAGGUUUAUCAGCCAUCUGAGGAGGAGCUUAGGGGCUAUCUUGAUCCAUACGAAAAUGUUCUUUGUACCGAGUGUUUACACGGUGGGGAUGAUGUGUUUGUGCUGCUUUGCGACCUCUGCGACUCACCUGCACAUACUUACUGUGUUGGUCUCGGGCCUGAAGUACCUGAUGGAAAUUGGUACUGUGAUGUCUGUAGGCCAACAGCCUCAAAUGCCCAAGGUCUGAAUUCUACUCCUGAUCAUGUACCAAUUAACAAUUUAUCAGUUGGCUCAUCACCUGGUUAUGCUGUCCGUGAAACUUUCGAUCUCAAUGAGGCAUACGUACCUGACACCCCAUUGAGUCAAGUAAGUGGACACUCUCAAUCACCAAGAUAUUCAGUUGGGCAUCUUCAAACCACUUCGCCUGCCUCUGGGUCUGGGGCAUUCACUUUGCAUGACAGACGACGCAUACAGCGAGUGAUACACCGAUUUAUUAAUAGCAGAAGUCGACAGUCUGAAGGGAAUGAUUCUGUGGCCUCAGCCUCAGCAAUCAAUCUUUUUGGUUCGCCAAUCGGUCGUGGAGUCAUAGCAACUCAAAACCCAAUUAUGCCAAGGAUUAGACGUCACCACGGUUCGGGAACCAGCGGUUCACGGUUCGGAACCGCCGGUUCCGGUUCAAGAUUUGGAUGAACCUGAACCGGCCCGGCCAAGGUUCGGCGGUUCCGGUUCGUGAACCGUG